UAACCACCAUGCACCAGUAGCUAGACUCCAGUAUCCUAAACGCCAAACCCCAUGGCUUCCUAUCUCCUCCCCUGUCUUCCCCAACUCCUCUUUCUUUCAUCCCUCUUCACCACCCUUCGCACUGCCACUUCAGCCGCCAGCAACGCCAUGUACUGGUACAAUUGCUCCAUCACAUCCAACUUCACCACCCACAGCACCUACAAAUCCGACCUCCAACUCCUCCUCUCUUCCCUCUCCUCCGACGCCAUUCCCACCGGCUUCUCCGCCCAGUCCAACGGCCGACCCCCGAACCAAGUCUUCGGCUCUGCCCUCUGCCGCGGCGAUGUCUCCCAAUACGAAUGCCGGUCCUGCCUCUCCACCGCCGUCCAAGACACCCUCCAGCUCUGCCCGUUGAGUCGAAGAGGAGCCAUUUGGUACCCAACGUGCUUCCUUCGCUACUCCGGCAACAACUUCACCUCUUCCCAAGACAACGAGACGAUUGCCUUGAAAAGACUUAGACGAGUCUCCUACGAGACGCAGAAUGCCUCGGAACCGAGCUUCGCUUCGCUGUUGGGAAACCUGAUGACCAACUUGGCCGAUCGGGCGUCAUACAGGUCGGCGAAGAUGUUUGCCACCGGAGAGGUCAAUGUGACGAGCUCCGAGAGGCUGUACGGACUGGUUCAGUGCAUGAGGGAUCAGUCGGAGGAUGACUGCUACGGGUGCCUGAACUGGUCGGUGCACAUCAUGUCGACUCACUUCCCACAGAGCAUUGCAGCGGUGACGAUGGCUUACAACUGCUUCAUGAGGCACGCGACAUUCUCUUUCUAUAAUCAAUCUGUCGGGGCUGCACCGCCGCCUCCACCAGCACCGGUGGUGGAUCCCGGCGCUCCGCCGCCUAGAGGAAAGGACUCAGGGAAAAAGAACGUGCCCAUGGUCAUCUCGUUGGUUAUUGCGUUGGCGGUCCUUGCAGCCAUUUUCAUCUGCUGAUGGAGAAGGAGAACAUUUUUCAAAGUAUCCAGUGAGGAAAAUAAAGACAUCGAAGCUCUAUAUUUUGAUUUGAGCACACUUAAAGUCGCCACUGAUAACUUCUCUGAGGCAAACAAACUCGGAGAAGGUGGAUUUGGUCCAGUUUAUAAGGGAGCACUAUCAGAUGGCCAGGAAAUAGCUGUGAAAAGACUUUCCAGAAGUUCACAUCAAGGUCUUCCAGAGUUAAGAAAUGAGAUUACUUUUGUUGCUAAGCUUGAACACAGAAAUCUCGUGAGGCUGUUGGGUUGUUGUUUGGAAGAAAAAGAGAAGCUACUCGUCUAUGAAUUUCUUCCAAAUACAAGCCUUGACAAAUUUCUAUUUGAUCCCAUCAAACGUGGACUUCUAGACUGGGGGAAGCGCUAUAAAAUUAUUGAAGGAAUUGCAAGAGGGCUUCUUUAUCUUCACGAAGAUUCUCGUCUCAAGAUUGUUCAUCGGGAUCUAAAAGCAAGCAACAUCUUGUUAGAUCAGCAUAUGAAUCCUAAGAUUUCAGACUUUGGUCUUGCAAAGCUCUCUGAGUCUGACAAAGAACAUGGAAGAACUAGUAAAAUCGCUGGGACAAAUGGAUACAUGGCACCAGAGUAUGCAAUGCAUGGGUACUUUUCAAAUAAAUCAGAUGUAUUUGGCUUCGGAGUUUUAGUUCUAGAAAUUGUGACCGGUCAAAGAAUCAGCGACUUCCAGGGAUCAGGGGAUUCUACGAAUCUCCUAAGCUUUGCAUGGGAGCACUGGAGCAAAGGAAAGGCGUUGGAAAUAAUUGAUCACAGCCUAGGUGAAUUGUACCAUAGGCAAGAAGCUUUGACAUGCAUUCACAUUGGAUUACUCUGUGCUCAGGAAGACAUGAGGAAGAGACCUUGCAUGGCAUCUGUGGUUCUCAUGCUGAGCAAUUACUCUGUGACUCUUCCAACUCCUUCAAUACCUGCAUACUUUGUUCAAGGUAGGACAACUUCUGAGUCAGAUGUGGCCUUGAGAACUACUGAUUCCACUCCAUCUGGCUCGUUAUCUGUAUGCAACGUAUCAAUCACCGAAAUGGAGCCCCGUUAAGAAAUUGCGUGAAAUUUGGAUAUUUGAUCGUUGACAAGAAAAAGGGCAAGCUUUUCCAAGGAGGCUGAUGAUGGAUUGAACUGAGAACGUAUUUUACACUGCAACUUGCGUUUCUUUUUUCUUUCUUCUCUACAUUAUCAAGCAAUAGUCAGAGGAUGAUCUGAACAAUUAAAUAGAGAACUUAAA